CUUUCGUUUUCCGUCUUCCUGCCGCUAAACCGCCUUUGGGCUUGCGAUGGCAGCAGAGCCCCUUCCUCCUACAGAGUGAUCCCUAAACAGGAGCCCCCAGACCUGGACACGGUCUCCCUUAAGUGUUUCUAAGGAUACAGCCUUGACCCUUCCAUCCCUUCUGUGGACUCAUCCCUUCCAGAAACCCACAGACUCAGAGACAGGCCUCCUGAAAUCACCCCAGGGGCAGAAGAGAUGAAUAUAAGUUGGAGUGGAUGGGGCAUCCUUAAGGGGUCCUCGGGCUCCUCCCUCCAUAAAGGAAAUAUGGUAUCAUUUCAAGAUGUGAUGGAGAUUCUCUAUCCUUUAGGAGCCUGUCUCUGUAAUUCUCUCAUUGCCUUCUUCCUCCUCCUCAUGAUGCCCAAAAUGACCUUAGGGCAGUUCUCAGUGAUUGGACCUGCAGGACCCAUCCAGGCCUCACUUGGGGGAGAGGCAGAGUUACCAUGUUACCUGUCCCCACGUCAGAAUGCUCAGCACAUGGAGGUGGUCUGGUUCCAUUCCACUUGGGUGGUACAUCUCUAUCAAGAUGGAGAAGAUCAGUUUGGAGACCAGGACCCUGAUUACCGAGGGAGGACGGAAUUGGUGAGAGAUGCUAUCACAAGUGGGAAUGUCACCCUGAAGAUACUGAAUGUGAGAUUCUCAGAUGCAGGAAAGUACAUGUGUCUCAUUGCAGAUGGUUUUCACCAAGAGCAAGCUGAAAUGGAGCUGAAGGUCUCAGGUGAUGAACCACUCGAGUCACCAACUACACUACCAGUAUCAUUUAUACUCAUCUAUUUCAUCCUGCUUCAUUUACCUUGUUCGGUUUUGACUCUGCUUUGCCAAGGAUGUUUUUUCAGGUCAGUUUCCUGGCUAUGUGAGAUCAAUGGGCUCCUGGCUGUGACUUCGGCAUUUGAGGUUGAAAUGAUCCUUUGUUACCUGUGGUUGUGGCAUAGAUGUCAAGGGUAUCUUCAUGAGGAAAGAUUAUUUUCUUAUGGCAGUCAAGUUAUGGUGAUACUUGCUGUGCUUCUAAUAUUAAGGAUUGUGUCAGUAUACUUAUUAAGAAGGUUGCUACCCCAGAGGUCUCCAGAGCUGACAAUAAGGUGACUUCAUGGAAGCCUGGGGCAGUGCUGCAUCCAACCAUGGAUGAUUGAUUGGUGAAGGAUUUACAAUGGUAGAUGACUGCUGAGCCAGAACAAAUGAUGCCUCAUCAAAUGUACAAAAAGCAAGCUACUAAGCUCCUUGACUCUUCCUUCCAUUCUAGCCUUGAAGUUUGAGGUCUCUUUAAUGCUGCAAUAGGAGAAUCAGGUUGGAGAAGGGAUGAUUGCCCUGUUUUCUACCCAGUUGCCAUGUAUAUGUGAUUGCCUGGCCACUUCUGACUCUUGUGUGUUUAUUCUGUCCUGACUUUGCCAAAUAAGUUUCCCCCUGCUGGAUUUGUCAAGAGACUGGCUGGGACCUUGUGAUUUGAAAGGUCUGAAAUUCCUGAGUUCCAGUGAGCAAUUGGAUGUCAAAAGGGACCUUCUGCAUCAGAGAAGAUGCCACCAGAAAGAUGCCCAACCCAAGCUUAGCAUUUGAUCUGACAAUGGCAGAGACGAAAUGUGAAGUGCCCGUAUAAUAUAUUCCAAACUGCCUUAUGGGACAGCUAGAUGGCACCACGGAUAGAUGACCAACUCUGACCUUAGGGAGAUUCAUCUUUAUGAGUUGAAAUCUGGCCUCAGACACUUACUAACUGUGUGUCCCUGAGCAAGUCACUUGACCCUGUU